GCCGAGCCUCGGGGCCUCCCGCCCCGCACCCGCCGCGCUCGGGCGGGCCAUGCGGCGGUGAACCAUGUCCUCCUACGCCAGGAACGGGCCGGCGGACGGGCAGCCCUCCCCCACCCCGCAGGUGGCCCGAGGCACCACGACGCGGAGGAGCAGGUUGAAAAGAUCCGAUGGCAGCACCACCUCGACCAGCUUCAUCCUCAGACAGGGUUCAGCAGAUUCCUACACGAGCAGGCCGUCUGAUUCUGAUGUCUCUUUGGAAGAGGAUCGAGAAGCGAUUCGUCAGGAGAGAGAGCAGCAAGCCGCUAUCCAGCUGGAGAGAGCAAAGUCCAAACCUGUGGCAUUUGCCGUGAAGACGAACGUGAGUUACUGUGGCGCCUUGGACGAGGAUGUGCCUGUUCCGAGCACGGCCAUCUCCUUUGAUGCCAAGGACUUCCUACACAUUAAAGAGAAAUACAACAAUGAUUGGUGGAUAGGAAGGCUAGUGAAAGAGGGCUGUGAGAUUGGCUUCAUCCCGAGUCCACUUAGAUUGGAGAACAUACGGAUUCAGCAAGAACAAAAAAGAGGACGUUUUCACGGAGGGAAAUCCAGUGGAAAUUCUUCUUCAAGUCUUGGAGAAAUGGUAUCAGGGACAUUUCGAGCAACACCCACAUCAACAGCAAAACAGAAGCAAAAAGUGACGGAGCACAUCCCUCCUUACGAUGUUGUGCCAUCCAUGCGUCCAGUGGUCUUAGUGGGGCCGUCACUGAAGGGUUAUGAGGUAACAGACAUGAUGCAGAAAGCCCUCUUUGAUUUCCUGAAGCACAGGUUUGAUGGGAGGAUAUCAAUAACGAGAGUGACAGCUGACAUUUCUCUUGCUAAGAGGUCUGUCCUAAAUAAUCCCAGCAAGAGAGCAAUAAUUGAACGUUCAAACACUCGGUCCAGUUUAGCGGAAGUACAGAGUGAAAUCGAAAGAAUCUUUGAAUUGGCAAGAUCCUUACAACUGGUUGUUCUUGAUGCAGACACCAUCAAUCACCCAGCACAACUUAUAAAGACUUCCUUAGCACCAAUUAUUGUUCAUGUAAAAGUCUCAUCUCCAAAGGUUUUACAACGGUUGAUUAAAUCUAGAGGAAAGUCCCAAAGUAAACACUUAAAUGUUCAACUGGUAGCAGCUGACAAACUUGCACAAUGCCCCCCAGAAAUGUUUGAUGUCAUAUUGGAUGAAAAUCAGCUGGAGGAUGCAUGUGAACAUCUAGGAGAGUACCUUGAGGCAUACUGGCGUGCUACCCAUACCACCAGCAGCACCCCAAUGACCCCGCUGCUCGGAAGGAAUUUGGGCUCAACAGCACUUUCACCAUACCCCACAGCAAUUUCUGGGUUACAGAGUCAGCGUGUGAGGCACAGCAACCACUCCACAGAGAACUCUCCAAUUGAAAGACGAAGUCUAAUGACCUCUGAUGAAAAUUAUCACAACGAAAGGGCUCGGAAGAGUAGGAACCGCUUGUCUUCCAGUUCUCAGCAUAGCCGAGAUCAUUACCCUCUUGUGGAAGAAGAUUAUCCUGACUCUUACCAGGACACUUACAAACCCCAUAGGAACAGAGGAUCGCCUGGGGGAUAUAGCCAUGACUCCCGACAUAGGCUUUGAGUCUGCAGAAACAACUACAAAAAUUCAUCUGUUGACAAUUGCCAUAGCACUGCUAGGAUAAACCAAUCAUCUUAACUUGGCAAGUACAGCACAGUAUUUAUUGUGCUUAUGGGCUGAUGUCAUAUGAUGCUAAGUAAGGGGCAAAAAAAUGUACAUUAUGCCCUUCAGUCUAGAUGGAUAUUAGAUGCCCAAUCAUAUAGAUAUUUUUAAGUGCAACAUUUACAUAACAGUACCUUUUGUUUUCUUCAUUAGAUUUAGACGUCAAUUUGUAAUUUAGGGUACUUAUCAAGGCACAUAUAAAAUAAUUUCCCAUGCUGGAAAUUCCAAAUGACCAGUUCCAGUUGGAACCAAUUUAUAAACCAAUUCCUGUUGGAAUUUGGGUGAAUUGACUAGAAAGUCUACUUGAGCAUGUUGCAAUCAAUCAAUUAAAAAAUCUGAAAAAAAAUCUAAGUAAUAAGAAAAUCAAAAUGCCAAUAGGAGCCAAAACCAGCUGUGGUAUUUAUUUGCUGGAAGCUAAAUUUACACUUAAAGUUGGAAUGUAAACAUUUUAAUAUGUGUUAAUGUUGCCAGAAUGGCUUUUCAAACUUACCAAAUGUAUUGAUAGUGCCAAAAAAAAUCAAAUUAAUGCAGAAAUUAUAGUCUUCUCAGAUUUUAAUAUUUUUAUUUUUCCCCUGGCAAAGCUGUUGUAUUCAAAGUGUUUUGCUUUUUGUUUAGUCACUACUGUUAACUUGUUUGAAGUUAGCAAAAAAAAAAACUUAAAAUGUCUUUAGCGGUGAGAAAGAAUAAUAAAGAGAAGCCCAAUCGCGUCUCUUUAGAUGGUUAUGUGAAAUGGAAAAUGGGGUGUUGUUUCCCCUUUAAUCAAUCUGAGCACAACUACAUACAUCCAGGAAUCUGAAAUCAGACAGUAAAAAAAUGGACAUAGAGCCUCUUGAUUUCAAAGCUAAACAUCAGCACAAUUGAAUACUUCCCAUUGUUCCACUCAGUCUUUGUCUUUGAAUAUCUGAAUGUUCUAGCUUUUCACCAAAUCUUUAUAAUUUUGCUAAGGCUUUUCAGUUUACAUGGACACAUUCAAUUUUGAUAUUGAAAACUGUGUUCAUACACAAUGAUUAAUUAAAAAUGAUGAGUUAAAUAGUUUGCAAUAAAAAAUAAACUCGUAGGCUCAGAAUAUAUUUGAUCACUAAAAUUAUAGCAUUUCUAUUAUAAAGUAUUAUGAAGAAUUUGGAGAUUGAGCUGCCUUAUUUUUAAUGAACACUUCUCUUCUCCUAUUACAACUUCCCAGCUUUUUUCCAGGGACUAUUCUUAUGGAAUGAGUGACUUUAUGCAUUAUAAUAUCAAGGAAGUCUUAGAAUCAAUAUGAUCCAAAAAAUUAUUGAAACUGACCCCUUUAUACAAUACACAACUAUCUUUAGGAAAAGUUUCUUGUUUCUAAAAGUCCACAAUGUGUGCAUUUUCCUAAAGCCCCAAAAAGCCCAGCAUAAAAUUUCUACUGGUACAUGUCAUAAAAUCUUUUUUGGGAAAACAACAAUAAUUCAACUUCUGUUAUCUUAUUUUUCCCACAUGCUUUCAAUAUUUAAGCUCUCAAAGCAUGCAUCCAUUAAAUAAUUUUCCUGACCAUAAAAAUAAGUUCCAUAUUCUUGAUUAGUCAUACAUAUCUUGAACCAUACAUACCUCCCCUUGUAUUCAUUUUCUUCAUUAUGAACUUGUUUAGCUGAUAAUGAGGAUGCCUAUAGUUAUAUAAGUUACCGCAAAUAUUUGAUUCAACUGAAAAAUGUGGGCUCAGUAAAUUCUAAAAGUUAACGUGAUACUGGCUUGUGAGGUUCUUUUGUCAUGUAGUGAAGCUUAUAGAACUUUCAGUUAAGGCAUUUAAAGAACUGUAUCCAUUAAGCACUUUAAUAAACAUAUAACCUGCCAUUACUGAAUACUUUGUUAGAGCACAGAAGAGCAUUUUCCAGCAAACAAAAACAUUUUUAUUACAUGUACAGCACAUAUUUGCAUGAGAGAGAAAACAUUAGCCAAAACAUUUUUCUAUAUGCUUUACGGGUUUCUUGUUUGUGCGUGUUAAAGUAUUUAAUUGCAAAGAGUGCACCAAGGUGUAUAAAUUUAGACUAGACAGCUGUUCAGCUUUUUUUGUAGUAGCAUUAGCAAUCUGGUCAUUUAACUACUUUAAGAUAUUUACAUUUUAUGGCAGGUAGCUGUAACAGCACUAACAUAUAUUUCCUAGUGGGCAAGAUUACCAUUUUCUUUCAGCUUGGAAAGUUAUUUUUAAAGGCCUCUCAAAGCCUUGUUUCAAAGUCUUCCAUGUCAUGCCCAUAAAGAAAGAGGUCCAUCUGUGCACAAAACCAAUCUGUCUUUUACCAUCAUGUGUCCAAACCUGUUUUGCUUUGCAUUCUUAUUCAGAAGCUAACAGUCUUUGAAAGGGUAUAAUGUAUAUUUUCUUGAUGGGUAUAUUUAAAACUUUGCUUUGAUUUGGUACAGUCUUUCUCCUUCUUUUUUAAUAAGUUUGUCUUCUCCAAAUGGAUGAGAUAUGCAUUUUCCUUUUCUUAGGCCUUAGAGGUUAUUGUGUAAAUGAUACUAAAAUACAGAUAUAUAGUAAAUGAAAAUUUUAUUUUUGCCAAGCACAUCGAGCACCUUUAAAAAAAUACAUGUUCCACAAAUACUUUGUUUUGAACUGAUUUCAUUUAAAAAUAGCAAAUGAUAAGCAGGGGAAACAAGUCUUAUAAUGUUUUGAAGCCGUUUUGUAGUAUAAACCAUGUAUUUUGUCAUUUCAGUAUAUGUAAUUCCAGAAUAGUAAAUUACAUAUCCUGUCAUUUCUGUCAGCAAACAUGUAACAGUAUAGACUCAUGUGACAAUGUAGAAAUGUCCUGGGAAAAAAGGAAUGCAAUUUGUCAAUCUUGAUGUUAAUUCUCAAGGCUAUAAUGUGACUCCAAUAUUAUAAUCUACAGUGUUACCUUGUUUACUCCAAUACUUAAAGCAACACUUAGAAAUGUUUAUAAAUGACUAAUGAUUCUCUUAUCUUUAUACAGUUCUAUUGGAAAGAAAAUUGAAAUUAACGAUUUAGACUGGUAGUCUUUCCUAAUAAGAGAGUCUUAAUUAUGUGAUAACAUUGCACUUAGUACUUAAUGAAAUGAAUUUUUUAAAUAUAAAACAUUCUGAGAACAUUAUUUGUUCCCUUUAGAUAAUUUGUUGAUUACUUUAAUUAUUAUUGCUGUUGUUUGCAAAAUGUAUUUUUGGAAUGUUAACCUCUUUUCAUACCUGCAUACUUGAACUUGUCUUUUGUGUGGGGGCCUUAAAAAAUUCAUAAUAGGAAGCUAGGGCAGUGAAAAGGAGGGAGAGGAAGAAAUUAUGCCAACAGAUGGUUUGCAAUUUUAAACUCUUUGAAUGAACAUAUCAUAAAAUGUUGUUGAGACCCAGAAUGUCAGUUAAGAAUGUUUCUUGGCAACCUUGAUUUGCAUGCUAGUGUAUUUCUUAGUUAUACAUUUUAUUUUGAUAUUUGCUAAAAAAUAAACAUAAUGCCAUUAUAAAAAUUGCCCUAUAUAUUAAUCUGUACUACCUCUUCUCUC